AAAUAGAAGAACCAAUAUUUACAUUAGAAGGUGCUGUUAUUCAACAAGUUCAAGGUGUACAAUCUGGUCGGUGGUCAAUGGAAAAAACAAUUUAUGAUAAAUUAAAUCUAACAACUGAUUUACCUAAUACUGAUCAUAAAACAUAUUUAAAUACAAUCCUAAAAGAUUAUUGUAUGAAAAGAGUAUGGACUGAUUCACCAAUAAUAAAAGAUAUAUCACAUUUACUUCCAUCACCUAAUCAAAUUCUUAAUAAUCAACUUAAUUCUAUUAGUAAUCAAGAUUUAAUUGAAUCGAUCGAACCAUUUAAUGAAUUAACUACUUAUUAUGCUCAAAUGGCAAUAAAAGAUCUUGAUUUGAAUCAACAACAUCAUCCAUCAUUAAAUGCAUGUCAUUCUCUUGCUUCAACUGUACAUGAAGAAGUAACAUGGCAUUCAACACAACUUCGUCUUAUUCAAUUAAUUGAGCGUUUUCCUCGUUUAAAACCAUUUUUAAACAUAUUAAACAAAUAUGGUUUACAUUUAAAAGAUAUUCUUAGUGAAGAAAAAAAUGGAUUGGAUAUAUUUCUUGGUGAUGAUGAAAUUGAACAAAUUUUUCAUUCGAUUUAUAAUUCAUUUCAGAAUUAUCGAUUACGUAUAUUUUGGUUAAGUGAUAGUGAUUGUUCAGAUGUUUUACCUAUUCUUGAUCUUCUUCUUAAUUUAUCACAACAAACAGGUUUAUUAAUUGAUUUGCAUUAUGCAGAUUCUGAUCCAACACAACUUGCAAAUGCUCAACAAACAUUUAAUACACAUCUAACUAAUCAAACAAAAAAUUUAUCUAUUAUUUAUGAUGAAACAAUUAAUUUAUAUCAUAGUAAAACACUUGAAAAAAUUCCAGUAGAAUCAUUUGAUAUUAUAUUUUCUGCAAAUCAACUUCAAGGAAAUCAAGAUUUAACAAAUUCUUUAAUUGCUCUUCGUCGUUUACUUGUUCCUAAUGGUCUUCUUUUAUUACUUGAAUUAGUUCAUGUUCCUCUUUAUUUUGAUCUUAUUUUUUGUUUCUUUGAUCAAUGGUGGUCAUCAUCUGAUGAUAAUAAUCGUGCAUUAAAUAAUAUUCAACAAUGGGUGAUAUUAUUAGAACAAAUCGAAGGAUUUAAUAUUAUUGAAUCAACAACAAAUCAAAAUGAAAGUACAUUUAUUAUUUGUCAAAAAACAAUAUCUAAGGAAAUAUUACAGACGCUUGAUGAAAGAAAAAAUCAAACAUGGUUAAUAUUUAUUACAGAUGAUAAUAAUAAUAUUCUAUCAUCAUUAUUACCAUGUUCAAAUAUUAGAAUUUUUGAUAUUCGUCAUUCAACUUUAGAUAUUAUUUGUUUUGGAAUAUCAGUUUUAUUAACUACUUAUAAACAAGUAUCUGUUAUAUUUGCAUGGCAACUUGAUCAAAAAUUACUUAAUGAAAAUAAUGAUGACGAUUUAGCAUUGAAACAAAAUGAAGAACUUAUAUGUGGAACAUUAUCAUGA